AUGGGACCGCACCUGAAACAGCAUAUUGCUUCCAUACACUUGGGCAUCAAACCCAAGUACGAAUACAGAGAUUGUCAAGUGUGCGGUGUGAAGCUACUUCUCGGAACCUUAGAGUCCCACAUGCGCCGUCAUACUGGAGAACCGACGGAUACCUGCUGCAUCUGCGGGAAGCACUUUUACAGCCUCGAGAGAUACACGCUUCAUAUGGAGAGAAUACACGUAGGCAUCAAGGAUCGGAAGUGCCCUGUGUGCCAAAGAGCAUUCUAUGGUCUCUCAGACAUGCAACAACACAUGCGUGUGCACGUGGACGAGAAACGGUUCAAGUGUGAAGUGUGCGGGAAAGCGUUCAAGUGGAAGCAUAAGAUCGGGGACCACAUGAAGACGCACAGCGAGGAACGGCCCUUUAAAUGCGAGCUCUGUGGGGAAGCGUUUAAGUGGAAGCAUAAUCUGGCCAAUCACGUGCGAGCCAAGCACAAGUGA